GCCGGCCGAGGAGCAGGAGGUUCGGCUGACUUCGUGGCUGUUCUCCCGCCGGAGGUCAGCUCCCAGAUCUUCAGCGGCCUGGACGUGGAGAGCUUGUGUCAUGCGUCCGUGACAUGCAAGGGCUGGCACCGGGUCAUCGAGAGCAACGACCGCCUGUGGAGACACCACUGCCUGACCGUGCGGGCUGUGUGCCAGCGGGAGAUCGACUGCGACCGAGGAAGCGGGUAUUCCUGGAAGAUCACAUUACUGAGAAACUACUGGAAAAGCAAAGUGAAGCAAGAAUGGCUGAGUGGGAAAUACAGCAACAUUCCUUCACAGAACAGCUUGCCAGAGAAAAGCAUGUAUCCCAUGGACGUCGACACAUGGGGAGAAAUCCUAGAAGCAGAACUCGAGAGAUGA